GUGAUAAAACGCGGUGUGUUACUCAAAUUUUUAAAAAUAACACCGCGAAAUUAUAAGUUAUGUUUUUUCUUCUAUUUCGUUUUUUACUUCUUUCGUUUUAAUUGUUUUCCCCUCUUUUCUUUUUUUUCCUUUUUUCGUUUUUUUAAUUUAAAAAUAUAUACAGAAAAAGAAGUGUCAAGUGAGUGAAAAUAUUAUUUAAAACAAAAAAUCAUGGAAGUGAAGUGGAGAAUUUUACGUACAUUGUUGUGGAAGAAUUAUUUAACUCGUAAGAGGCAUUGGAAGCAAAUAAUUUUUGCUCAAAUUUUAUUUCCCUUGUGUAUUUUUGUUUUAUUGCAAAAAGUACGAUCGCCACGAUGGUAUUCAAAGGAAGAUGAACUAGUCACUUAUUAUGAUAUUGAAACAAAACAAAGUCUUCUAAAGGAUUUAGAGGAUUUUCAUUUAUAUUAUACGCCAAAAAAUAAUUUUACUAAACAAUUAAUAGAUCGAACUGUUAAAUGUCUCUCGCUCUCACCAAACAAUGUGACUUCAUUUAGCUCAGAAGAAAUGAUGUUGAAAAAUUAUUCAUACGAGCACGGUUUCGAUAUGUAUGAUGUAAAAAUACUUGCAAUUGUUUUUCUACAUACAUACGACGAAAAAGAACUUGAUUAUGUACUGAGAACAUCUUUCGAUACACCGACUAAUUCAUUGGGAGGAAUAUUUCAAGGCUACGGUCAUUAUUAUCUACGGGAAUGUUUCACCAAUCGAAUCCCAUAUAUUCAAACUCAAAUGUGUCUCGAUGAAUCCUUCAUUAAUAUUUCUAUUCAAAAUCCUUACUUUACACCCAAGGUAACCAUACAACGAUUUCCAGAUUACAAUAAAGUACAAUUACGUACAAGUGAUGAAGUUACAAGAUUUUUCUUCGCCACAUCAGCGGUAGUUCUAUUUUUAAUAACUGUAAUUACAGAAGCUUCAUUUUCUGCUAGGGAGAAAUACACUGGAGUCAAUAUAUUAAUGAAUUUAAAGGGAAUACAGUUUUAUGAGAAUUUAUUCAGUUGGCUAGUCACUGGUACAUUGCAGGGAAUAUUUUUCUCAACUCUAAUUAUAAUCGUAAUGACACAAUGUUUUGAAAAUCCAAUACUUUCUUAUGGAAAUUCAUUCAUUAUUUGGCUAUUUUUCAUUUUCCACUUUGGGCAUUUAACCGCAUUUGGAAUGCAUUUCUCCUCUUAUUUUUCAAAGACUCUAACAAUGGAAAUUGUUAUUUCUAUCUUGUACGUAGGAUCUUCUAUGUUUCAAGCGGAUUUAAUAGAUAGUUAUAUAUUUGCAUUGAUACCAUACUUGGGAAUCGUUUUUCCGAAUAUAUUAUUAUUCAGAAUGUUUCAAGAAAUGGACAAUUAUGAAAUAUUAGCGAUUGGGGUUCAAUGGAGCAGCAUGUUUAAAGUUUCAGAUGUACCUUACUCGGCGGCAGGAAGUAUUGGUGUUAUGAUAAUUUUUUCCCUACUAGGCACUGUUCUGCAUUUUGUUUCAUCUGUUUACGUUAAUGUUGUAUUCCCCGGAAAAUUUGGACUCAAGCAUCAUCCAUUUUAUCUUUUACAAAAAAAGGAGAAUAUUUACAAGGAACUAGAGGAAGAAUUAGAUGAAUUUCAUUAUGCAAAUGAUGAUGGAAAACCUUUUGAAAACGUACCAAAAGGUAUUUUCACUCCUGGUAUUCAAGUUCGAAAUGUUAAAAAAUCAUAUACAACAAAUUUCUUUAAUAAAAAGGAAAAUGAUGCUUUACAUGGAAUAUCGUUGGAUGUUUAUAAAGGUCAAAUCACAACAUUAUUGGGACGUAAUAGAUCGGGAAAAACCGCAUUGAUGUCAAUAUUAACAGGAAUUUCCGAACCAAACGAAGGAGUCGUUUUUAUAGACGGUAAAAGAAUAAACGAUUUCUUUAAAUAUUCCUCAACAGACUUAAGUUUUUGCCCUCAGGAAAAUAUGUUUUUUCUUGAUCUAACUGUGAUGGAGCAAAUCGAAUUCUUUGGAUUGCUCAAUUCAAUAAACAAAUCAGAAGAUGAACGCAAAAUGUUAUCUUUCAACGUUGAAAAAUUAAUGAAAAGACUCAAUAUUUAUGAUAAACGACAUUCUUUUCCCAAAGAAUUAUCUUUCAGCGAACAAAGGAGAUUGUGUCUUGGAAUUUCAUUAAUAUGCGAUUCAAAAAUUUUAAUUUUGGAUGAACCAACAUCAGGAAUGGAUUCAGAGAGUAAGAGAAAUACCUGGAAUAUGCUACUGGAUAUGAAAGGGGAGAAAACAAUUUUAAUCAGUACAAAAGAUACAGAAGAAGCAGACACACUAAGUGACAAGAUAGCAAUUCUUCAUCUAGGAAUAUUAAAAGGCUACGGGACAUCGACAUUUUUGAAAAAAUUAUACGGUCAAGGGAAUAUUGAAGUAACACUCUCAGUAACAACAUGGUGUAAUACAGAAUCAAUAAGACAAGAAUUGGGUGUACAAAGUGAACUUUUGAAAUUAGAAGAUGAAAUAAUGACACUUUGUUGUCCCUGUUCGGAAAAAUUGUUCGAAUCUUUGGACAGAAUUGAAAAUCAAAAGAGGGAAUUUGGUGUUAUAUCCGUAAAAGUCUCACUCAUUACACUAGAACAAGUUGUCCUAAAAGUAACGAAAAAAGAAGAAGAUAUCGACUUGACUCGACCUUUCGUCAAUUCAGCCUAUAAAUUAAAAGACCGGGAACUAUUAAGACAAUCUGCAUUUGCACUAAUAGAAAAAAAUGUCACAUUCAUUAGAAGAAAUUUGAAAAUUUUCCUCCAAAUGAUGGCUUUCCCCUUAAUUAGUUGCAUAUUCAUGAUAAUGAAUUUUUCCUCAAUGAAUACAGAGAAAGAAUUAAAAUACAUGGCCCUAGAUAUCUAUAAUGAACCACAAGUUUGGCUUGCCACAAAUAAUAAGACUUUUAGUCGAGAAACAAUAUCGUACAUCAGUCAUUUUGGUGCAAAAUUGAAAGAAAUUGAUCAAACAACAAAUAUGAACGAAGCACUGAUAAAAUUUUCAUCAAAGGAUGUUACAACAUUUCGUAAUAAUUUAGUGACCGCUAUUGAAUUCAACAUGACUGGAAGAUCACUAAAUGCUAAUGCUCUUUAUUCAGAAACGGCAGGUUUCAGUCUACCGAUUGGAAUGAAUAUCAUAUCAAAUACACUAUUGAAAACAUUAUCUGGAGAUGAAUAUACAAUUAGUAUAUCAGAUCAUCCUCUACCAAAAUUAAGAUCAUACACCUCGUACGAUUUAUUUACACUAUCACUAUUAUUCACAUUCUUCCUAUUUCCGGCUAUAGCAUUCUUUGGAAUAUUUCCAUCGCAAGAAAUUUCCUCUGGCCUAAAACACCUGCAAACAAUGACCGGAAUUCCAUCGUACAUUUACUGGGGUUGUCAAUUUAUCGUCGAUUUCGUGGUUUUUCUCAUUUUAAUUAUUUUCUGUCUCAUUGCACUUUCAAUUGUCGACCAUGUCGUUGGCCUGGAAGUUUAUUGGUCCACCGAAUUGGGUAUUAUAACAUUGAUGUUAAUAUUGCUUGCCCUUAAUACUCUACCAAUGACGUAUAUUUUUAGUUACACAAAAAUGUCCAAGAAUAAUGUUGUUUUCACAUUAGGAUUGAUGCCAUUCCUAUUACUUUUGAUAGAGGGAUUCUUUUGGCUCUUGGAAUUUGAAUCCUAUCCGUAUUACUACAAUUUCGAGAGUGAAAGUUACGAAAGAAGGCACAGUACUUUCUUCCAUUUUCGACAAGUACAGAAACGUUUCUUUCAACUUAUUCCUCACAUAAGUUUCUUUCACGGUCAAGUUGCAUUUUUAACGACAGCAAUUGAAAAUGCCCAUUGUCGCUAUCUAGUGCAACAUGACAUUGCUGAUCACUUUUUUGAAGAGUAUUGCGAAGAUCUGGAAUGCCAUGGAGGUUCCUGUAAAAAAAGUCUUCCAUAUUUCGGAAAAGAUCCAAAAUUCUCUCACGCUGAAAUACCAUUAGAAGAAUGUAUAACAUUUUUGUGUUUAACACCUUUCCUCUACUGUGGCAUUUUAGCAGCAAUAGAGAAUAAAUUCUUUCAAAAAUUGUACGCGAAAUACUUUAUUAAGCCCCAAAUAACAAAUAAUGAAGAAGUGGAUGAAAAAGUUAAGGAGGAAAAAUAUACAGUCGGAUUUGAAGUCAAUAAAUUAAAAGCAGAAUGUGCUUCGAAGAAAGCAAACAAAUUAGUCACCGAAAGAGUUGAGGAUGAUACUGCAUUUCUAGCCUUCGAACUCAAUAAAUCUUGGAAAACAAAACAAAUAAUAAAAGACGUUAAUUUUUCCGUUAAAUCUGGCGAAUGUUUCGGAUUAUUAGGUGUUAACAGUGUGGGAAAAAGUACAAUCUUCAAAAUAAUCACUGGUGAAGAAUUAUCGGACAAUGGUGACAUGUUUUUAAAAGGAUACGGUAUAAACUUUGACAGAAAAGAGUAUCUAUCACAAAUAGGCUAUUGCCCUCAAAAUACGGCUCUAAUUGAUUCACUAAAUGCAAGGGAUCAUCUUCGAUUAUUUACCCAAAUAAGAGGAAUGCCAAAGAAUCAAGUUAAUCUCGAAGUUGAGGAAUGGAUCAAAAGAUUAAAUUUAAGUGAUUGUGCCUCUGAACCAUGUUACACGUACAGUGAGGGAAAUAAACGAUGUUUAAAUAUUGCCAUGGCCUUCAUUGGUCAUCCCGAUUUAGUAUUAUUGGACGAACCGACAAUUGGAAUUGAUCCAGCGUCAAGGAAAUCAUUCUGGAAUAUGCUCAAAUCAUUUUUGAGAGCCGGACAAUCUGUUAUUCUCACAUCUCAUUGUAUGGAGGAAUGUGAAUCUCUUUGUAAACGAUUGGCCAUAUUGGCGAAAGGUCAACUAGUUUGUAUCGGUACAAGUGAGGAAUUGAAACAACGUUUCGGCACUGGAUACAAUAUUAUAAUAGAACUAAAUCCAGAGCAUGCUGAUGCUCAAACAAACGCACUAAAAUAUGAUCUAGAAAAUUCUAUAAACUGUGAAAUUCGCGACGUGCAUUUGAGUAACAUCACCUACUACGUGAAAAAUUCAGAGACAACGUGGAAAACAAUGUACGACUUAAUGAAACGAUUACAACAAAAAUAUUCCUGUAUAACGGAUUUCACAAUUCUAUCAGCAACAUUAGAACAAGUGUUCUUGCGAUUCGUCAAGCUCAAAGGAUAAUAGAAGAAUUUUUUCCCAAAAAAAAACUUAUAAUUUUCCAUACCAAAAAUUUUUAAGUUUUAAAUUAAAUUAAAUCACAAUAGCUUUUAAGGUCACUCUCAAGAAUAUUGUCAUAUCUUCAUUUUUAAUUGAAAUCACAAGAAAAAUUUACCCUUUUAUCAAAAUUUGUGUUUUCACAAUUACAAAAAUCAAACAAUGACAAAAAAAUACAAAAAUCAAGAUUUAUGAAAAUGUUAGUACAAUAAGGUGCAUUACAACAGAAAAUGAGAAUAUGUAAAAAUUGUGCUUGUAUUUUAUUAUAAUGUAUGAAUCUCAUGCGUGAAUUUCAAAUGGAAUCUCUGUCUCUCUCUCAAAUAUUGUAAUUAAUUAUUUUUUAAAUAUAUUAUAAAUGUUAUAAAUUAAUAAAAUGCCAUUUAUUCUUUAA